AUGGGCUCAUCGCCUCGUAUUCUGCUGAUUUUGUUGUUGUUGUUUUGCCUUGAGGUUGGUGGUCACGUGGUGCAGAUCAAGUUGAGUGCUCGACCACAACUCAAUUUUACGAAAGGUAGGGGGUGUGAAACAGCACAGUGCUCAACGUGCAGGUUACAGGUUUUGAUGAAACUUGAAGGAAAUGAAGACUAGAAGUUUCUGGCAUUCAUGCGAAACCAGGCGUUGAAUAUUCUUCUAGUUUUUUAGCACUAGCAUUUUAAAACCAUCAAUAAGUUUUGUCAAGAAAGUUUGAAGAAUUAUCCAACUUUUUGAUAGCAUAACCCCCAAGCUUUAUAUCCAGAUUUUUGUUCCGCAAAGGUUUUUGAACUGGCUCGAAAAUCAAAGUCAUGGCCGGACCCAAAAAUUCGUCGGCCUGGCCGGGGCCCGAAAAUUUUGGAAGGCUCGGUCUACUUAUGAAGCUUGGAGAAACUGCAGGCUUUGCAAAUGCUCGUCGAAGGCUUGUCGGAGACUUACAAUGUCACCACUUCUUUAAUAAUUAUACCUACAGGUUGCAGAGUGAGGCUUCUUUUGACGAAAAGUUUCACUCUUUUUACAAAGCAUCAGCAAAAAACUUAGAAUAUGUAGAAAAUUUCUAGUCUUAAUUUGCUCCCAACUUCAUCAAAAUCCGAGUAUCGCACUUUGAGGAUUUCUCUACACCAUUGAUCUACAAAUAAUCCUAUUGGCUCCAUAUUUUGGAAAACCCUUCAAAACGUUUCAGUAAAACGAACGCCAAGUUUGCCAAAGCCCUCUGCAGAUAGCGCAAAGUUGGACGAAAAUUUUGUGGAGCGUCUCAACGACCACUCCCUAAAAUACACCGGAAAAGUCUCCAUCGGAAAUCCACCACAAGUUCUGGAUGUGGUUUUCGACACUGGCUCUUCAGUGUUGUGGCUUCCGAGGUAUGGCUGUCAUUACGCGAUUCCCGGCAGAGCAAUGCAUUAUGCAUUGUAUGACAGGACGUUUAAUCCGCUGAGGUCGAGGACUUGCGAAGAAACGGAGCUGAUUUUUGAAAGCAAAUAUGCCGUUGGGCAUGCGUUGGGAGAGCAGAUGAAAGAGUUUGUUUCAGUAAGUGUUGGGAUGUGAUUUCAGGGCUUCCUUUUUAAGAUUGAUUAUUCUUGGCCCCCUUCCAGAUAGGUAACAAAAAAAUUGGCCCCGUCCUUCAAUACCCAUCCAAAGUUCGGAUCGGCGUUGCGGACGAGGUCUCCUACACCACUGACGGAAUUCUGGGCCUCGGAUUUCCCCGCGAUUUCACUGAAAGCCGAGGAACUUCUCUAAUCUCCGAAGCCGCACGGCUUCAACUCUUCAGCAAGCCGCUUUUCACCACCGUUCUCGUCGAAUGCUCCAAGGAGAUUUGCGAAAAUGGCGGGCAUAUUACGUUCGGCUCCGAGGACCGGGAACAUUGCGAAGAAAGUUUUGGAAGAACGCCAGUAAUCCCGCUGCAUCCCGCUAAGCCGUUGACGCAUUGGGCCUUCGAAGUCAACGAGUUGUCGAUGGAUGGGAAGAAAAUUGAAAUGCAAGAGUAUUUGGUGGCGGUCUCGGAUACCGGAAGCAAUACGGUCAUGUUACCGGAGUGGCUGUUGAACAAGGUUUUUAGUCGGUAAGUUGAGCAAUGUUUUUGGGGGGAAGACUUGACUAAUCCCUGAGAAAAACUUGACCCGACAGGCAGCGCAAUUUCAUGAGACUGGUGUCAAAUUGACGUUAAAAAUUUCUAACAAAAAAAGUGUCAAGAGCGACGCUUGGAUUUUAUCUAAAAUUUCCCACACGCGUUGUGCCUAACCUGCAAUUUUUUAAAGGUUUCUUUAUGGAUCUCGACAAGUUUAGCUAUUACAGUAGGGGACCUGAUCCAGUGGCAAAAAACGUAUCAUUUUCCAUCCAGGAAGUAUCAAAAAAUGUGGCAAAAUACCUCCCUCUCCAAGUGAAAAAAGCUUAGAUUUCAAAAGUCCGCCCGCUCUUUUUGUGAGGAAAAAAGACGCGCCCUUCAAAAUAAUUUUAUUUCACUUGGAGAGGGAAGCAUUUUGCCACAUUUUUGAUACUUGCUAGAUGCAAAAUGAUAUGCUUUUUGCCACUGCAUCAGGUCCUUCACUGUUCACUUUAGGUAAGCGCAAGCGCAGUCGAGAUAUUCAACAAUCAUCGUCGAGUAGGGAGUUCACAGAGAGCGUAGAGCGGUCAUGUGGAAAAGCAAUUUUUUGGGCGUAUCUUCGCAAAUUUCUCGUGUAAAAAACUGUUUUUUUGCAGAGAUCUCAUUUAUGGCUUGGGAAUUAACAUACGAACUUCCCGCCUUUAGUGAAUCAGUCUGUCUGGAAAAUAAUGAGCACCCUGUCGCAUCGAAAAUCGCAUCGCCGCAGAGAUAAUGAAUUGUUUCGCGACAAAAUCAAAUCGCUUUUUCACUUCAGCGAAGCGAAUUGCGCAGCGAUAUAGUGCUCAUUAUUUUCCCGACAGACUUAUACCUGCCAAAAAAAUUAAUUUUUUCCAAAUUUUGAGCAAAAAAUCUCGGUAGACCCUCCAAAGCGCUUGAGAAAAAAUCCGGAUUUUCUUAUAAAAAUCCUAAAAAUCGCAUUUCUUUAGCAUCCCCGGCAAAGACAAGGAUAUCAUCCAACGAGUCGGUGAUGGCACCUUUGUCCUCAAAACUCGGUGCAACGCCAACUUCACGCUGACCGUCCACACGAAUCACAUGGAUCUCGAGCUGUCUUCAAGAAGCCUACUGCCAGCCAAACCGUUGAACCCUCAGGGCUUUUGUUACCUCAACCUUUCAAGUUCCAGCUCCUUGAAGGUAAUGCUUUUGGGAGCGCCGUUCUUGCGGAAUUACUGCGUAAUUCACGAUUUUGGCAAGAAGGAAUUGAGAUUUGCUAAUUUGAAGAUGGAAGACGAAUAA